AUGCCUCCAGCUACACCGCAACCCCAACCCCAACCCGAACCCCAACUGCACCAGAAGCAUCACCACCAGCCGCAGCAGCCAGGGCAGCAGCUUCGCCGCGUGACAUCAUUCACACAGCGCUUUCGAGGCCGCAAGCCUGUGUCUCCCACCGCCGCAACCACCACCACACCACAAUCAGAGGCUCACGACGCAGCUCCAGCUUCGGGACAGCUUCGCCGGCGACCGGCCUACAUCCCCACCCACGCAGCCGCCAGCUUCGCGAGAACCGUGUCACCGCUGUCGACGCCUCGUAUCGACGAGCGGGAUGAGCUCGCGUGCGACGAGACGUCGUGGUCGCCAAGGAUGAUGCACUCCACAUCCGCUGCAAGGGAGCGCCACGUUCCGUCAACCACCACAACCACAGCCGCGAGCACCAGUCCCUCUGCUGCCUCGCACCGCGCACAGUCCGACGUUGGUGAGCCGCCGCUCGACGACGACGAUUACGCCGCCUUUUUGGCCGAGGCCGAGGCGAAUGACCGUGCCUUUCGCUCGCGAUGGGCCCAGAGGGAGAGGGAGAGGGAGCGCGGGCAGCAGUGGGCGCUGGGCAGUCCCGCCACCUCGCCGCAGGGCUGCUUCAAGGGCACGGCGCAGAGGGACAGCGCCUAUUACUCGGUCGCGUCCGUGUCGCCGAGCAGCAUGAGCGGACAUGGGAGCGGACCGCAGAAACAGGCGCUUCACGGCCGGCGGUCUGCGCCUGUGCCUCUGCCCGUGUCCACGUCCAUGCCCGCGUCCACGUCCACGCCCACGUCGCCGCGGGCUCUGCAUCACAAGCCGAGCAAGACGCUGGGGAGGCGUAUUUCCGAAUACUUCAAGCCUUCAUCAAAGGCCGGCGUGGCUACAGUUGCAUGA